AUGGUUGCUUUAUCAUUUUUGGCUUUUGCUCAAAAGGUUGGUUGGUUAGUUUGGAGAGAGUUAAUAUAACUUUUAUCUUUAAGUAGUCGAACAUUCUAACUCAACGGAUAUUAUAGUAGUAUUGCUUAUAAUUGCUUUAAUCUUAAGCAUUGUUUUAUAAUUAUUAGGCUUUCUAGUAUCUAAAUAAAUAGAGAAAAUAACACUAAUUUUUUAGAUGAAAAAUAUCUAAUUGUUACUUUUCCAUAAAUAAAAUACUUUAUUAAUACGAAACUUCAAAUUAUAAGUGGUUAAUUUAUAUCUAUUAUGAAAAUUUAUAUAGAUGCUUUUAUUUUUGAUUGUUCUGAAUAUAUUUGGUAAUCAGAAAAAAUGAUUUACAAUUUUAUGGAGAUUUACAUUUUAUAGUUUUAUUGCUUUCAAUUUUUGGGUGUAGUAUCAAUCAAAAUACAUUUAUUAUCCACUACAGGCUUAUCUAUAACCAAUAUUUCAAUAUAAUUAUUAUUCCUUAGAUUAAAAAUAUAAAUCGAAUUAUGUUGUAAUUUUUGUCUUAUGCUAGACUAGGUUUGA